GAAAGUUUAUCAAAGUUUGGUCACGUGCGUGUGUGGACAUUCCACUACAUUCCGUUCCACGCAAUAUUCCGUACGUUUAGUUUUUGUUUUAGUGGCCAGUUUGUUUGCUGCGUUUCAUAAUCGGACCACGAUUUUCGGUUUGUGACUCUGUUGAAGUUUUGUUGACUGUUUUCAUUAAAAUUUCGCGCCCUGUGUCCUGUCCAGCCCCUCCGCGAGUUCCCAAAACUCAAGAUUGGCGGACAAACUGUAUGAAUUACGUCGCCUUUUACACAUGACUCAUUAAGUGAAACAGUCAAAAUGGUGGACAGUCAGACGCAACACUUCUGUCUCCGAUGGAACAACUACCAGCGCAGUAUUACCAGCGCCUUCGAGAACCUUCGCGACGACGAGGACUUCGUCGACGUCACGCUCGCCUGCGACGGGAAAAGCCUCAAAGCUCAUAGAGUCGUGCUGUCAGCUUGCAGCCCUUAUUUCAGAGAAUUAUUGAAGUCCACGCCGUGCAAGCAUCCAGUGAUCGUGCUUCAAGACGUGGCGUACACAGACCUUCACGCCCUGGUCGAGUUCAUCUACCACGGCGAGGUCAACGUUCACCAGCACAGCUUGUCCUCAUUCCUGAAGACAGCUGAGGUGCUCCGUGUCUCCGGUCUCACACACAAUGACGCUGCCCAGGGGCCCCUGCUGCAAACCAUGCGGUCGUCAGCAGCUCCGUCACCCCACACGCCACCCCACCCGGCCCACUCUACCCAUAUACCGCAACCCUACCCUGACAAACUCGAGGAAGCUCUUCUUCAACCCUCAUCCAGCAUCCCGCCCAUGAUGCGCCGCAUUCCUCUUCCUCCACCGCGACGUAUGAGCUCCACUGACAACUCCCCUGACGUCAUAAAGCGUCCACGUCACGACAACAACAACACAGAAUCCCCACAAAUGCACGCCGCCGACUUCUCGACCAAGAACCACUCGAUUCUGAACAGCAGGGGUCACGAGCAGGGGAACAACGGAAACGGCAUCUCCAAUAGCAGCUCGUCACCUUCCCCGAGGCUGAUGGACGAAGUGAAAAACGAACCGGUCGACAUGAUAUGCCCUUCUAACCCUGAUAUAGAUCGCUGCACGGAUGACACACCGCCGCAUACUCAUCACCGACCAAUCGGAGGUCCACCGUCGCGUAGCAGCUCUGCUGAUGCCGAAGACCGCACCCCUCCCCCGCAGCUGCCGCCCUCACCAUUCAUUCCGCCCCCCGACACGAAGCUCUUCAACCCGUCUAACUCCUACAACUUUACAAUGGAGGCACUGGCUCAACACUCGACACUAGCCGGUCUGCAGAGUCCUCUCGCUUCGGACGGAAUGGCGAGCACAUCUCAAGGUGGCGCCCGCACCCCCCAAGAAGAUUACAGAUGCGACCCCUGUAACAAGAGUCUGUCCUCGCUGACGAGGCUCAAGCGACACAUUCAGAACGUACACAUGAGACCGUCCAGGGAGCCAGUGUGUAACAUUUGCCAGCGCGUUUACUCCAGCCUGAACAGUCUGCGCAACCACAAGUCGAUCUACCACCGCAAGCAGCCCGCGCCGCCCGCGCCCGGCCCCUUCUACCCCGUCAACUGACCCCCCGCGCGGCCGCCACCCUAACCAGCCACCUACUCUCGCCAUACUCUUGCCCUUAGAUCGUUAAGUUUACAUUGUAACUGUGCAGUCUGUCGCGACAUGUUCCUAACGUUUGUAAAUAGCAUAGUUAUGCAUGCGCAUCGCAAAACCUUUACCUAAUCUGUAUGUAUGUAUCGGUGCUAAACGCUAAACGCUAACGCUAAUCGGGGCGACCGACGCUCGGAACCAAUUGGGACGUCCACGAUCGGUACACGCAUAACCACCAACGAUGUUCGUAUUGAAAGCGCAUUAGUCAAGCCGUAGCUGUCAUUUAAUGUAACGUCGCGCCUGAGUGGUACCCGGUGCCGAUUGGUUCCCGAGGGCGGGUCGCGAGGCCUCGUCCGUUGACUAAUGCGCUAAUGUUGGUUGUUAUGUGUGGCGCAGUGGGUCCCCUGGGCGCGGGCCACCGGUGCGAGGUGUGCGGCAAGCUGCUGUCCACGCGGCUGACCCUCA